ACAGUAUUGGUGGUGUGUAUUAGUGUUUAUGUGGUGUUUACCAAGCACGGUAAAACGCUAUGUUAUCUGUGGGAUUCGGUAUAUUUUUCCUAAUUAUAGAAAGCUGCGGCUAAUUCCUAGAUCUGUCAAACAAAUUCGAAAGAUUUCACAGUUGUAUUCGACUGCGAUUUUCCAAAGACUGUUAUUUUAUAUUCGGAGUAUCAGCUACGUGUUUCCGGGAGCGUUCUGAACUUUCUUCAUUCGAUCUUCCGCGGCUUUUAUCAUAUAGACACGGUAUUUACGUGGACCUUUAUGUCUUUUCUGGAUGAUUUUCCCAGCGAUAUGAUGGACGUGGAAAUUUAAGUUCCUGGCAGUCAGAUUAUUCUCUCGGUGAUCAGUUUUCCUGGAACAUACAAUUAUCAGAGGCAGAAGUAUCAGGCGCAAUCAUGGCUAUGCAUACCGUGCCACCGAAACGAAAAGAAAUCUACAAGUACGAAGCCCCAUGGCCGUUAUAUAGCAUGAACUGGUCGGUGAGACCUGACAAGAGGUUUCGUCUAGCACUGGGAAGCUUUGUGGAGGAGUACAACAAUAAAGUACAAAUUGUUUCUCUGGACGAAGAAACGUCUGAGUUCAGUGCUAAAAGUACAUUCGACCACCCAUAUCCCACGACAAAAAUUAUGUGGAUUCCAGAUAGCAAAGGUCAGUUUCCCGAUCUUCUCGCCACGUCCGGCGACUAUUUGAGGGUAUGGCGUGCUGCGGAGCCUGAGACUCGUCUGGAGUGUGUCCUGAACAACAAUAAGAACUCAGAUUUUUGCGCGCCGCUCACGUCUUUUGACUGGAAUGAGGUGGAUCCGAAUCUAAUCGGAACUUCCAGCAUAGACACUACUUGUACUAUCUGGGGACUGGAGACGGGACAGGUUCUGGGCAGAGUAAACAUGGUCACCGGUCACGUGAAGACGCAGCUGAUCGCGCACGACAAGGAAGUGUACGAUAUCGCGUUUAGCCGCGCCGGGGGUGGCCGCGACAUGUUCGCUUCCGUCGGCGCCGACGGAUCCGUCAGGAUGUUCGAUCUACGACACUUGGAGCAUUCGACGAUAAUAUAUGAGGAUCCCCAGCACACUCCGUUGUUACGAUUAGCGUGGAACAAGCAGGAUCCCAAUUAUCUCGCUACCGUGGCGAUGGACGCGUGCGAAGUUAUCAUUCUGGACGUUCGUGUGCCGUGCACGCCAGUCGCGAGAUUGAACAAUCACAGAGCCAGCGUUAACGGAAUAGCCUGGGCUCCGCAUUCGUCUUGUCACAUUUGCACAGCCGGCGAUGAUCAUCAAGCAUUAAUCUGGGAUAUUCAACAAAUGCCGCGAGCAAUCGAAGAUCCUAUACUCGCUUAUACUGCCGCGGAAGGCGAGGUCAAUCAGAUUCAAUGGGGCGCCACGCAGCCCGACUGGAUAGCCAUUUGUUACAAUAAAGCGGCCGAGAUUCUUCGAGUAUAAAUGUCUUCUCUAUCGAAACGCAUUUAUUUUAUCGGGAUGUUCGAACAGUUGCUACUGGAGUAAGUCUUUUUUUAUCAUUAACGCAAGAGACAUAUGUAGCCUGUCCUAGAUACAAUAACAAUAAAAUGUUUCAUUUGAUGCGUUUCACACAACUGUAUAUAUGUUUAUAAAAAUAUGAACUUAAUAGUAUUAGGAAUUGUUUUCCAAGAUUAUGGAUGCUUAAAUUAUAUUAAUAUGUAAUUAAUUAGGCGUCAAUCAUUUUAAUGUCAUGUCAUCCUUAAAUUACGUAUAGGCAAAGGAAACAUUUACAAUUUUACAGUUAUUAUUAUAGCAAUCAGAUUGGAUCUUUAGAUUGUAGCAUUAAUUAAUUCAUAGAAUGUGAUCAUGACAUGUGAUUACAAUUUUUAGUAUACAAUGUACAGAUUUUUAUAUAGAUGUAAAUUUUUGAUAUAUGAAAAUAUAUAUUAUACAAUGACACCGUGUAUACCAUGUACUCGACGAUUAUAUUGUCAUUGAUAGAAAUAUUAGACUCGCAGUUUAAUUUAUAUCAUCUAUCAUAUAGUAUUC